GUCUUUGAUGCGUACGUAUAUAUUAUCAAGGUACUGGUCAAUAGGAGUUCGGGGCUGGGUGUUUGGCGAAGCAGGAAGGUCGACAGCAGUGUGUUAUAUUAUAUGUAGUAAGGCGUUUUUUCCUCACUGAAGCGUUUUGUUGAACUGUAGCUCUAUGAACGGCGAGCGUAAUCAAUUCUACUGAGUGGCCGAUUUAUUGAAAGACAUUUACGUGGAGAGAAGUGAACGGCACGAUGGACAGGCGAAAAUUAUCGACAUCUGGUGAUACACUUUAUGUAAUUUUGGGUCUCCCGAAGACAGCUACAGCAGAAGAUGUCAAAAAGACAUAUAGGAAACUUGCCUUAAAAUACCAUCCUGAUAAGAAUCCGAAUAAUCCAGAAGCUGCUGAACGGUUCAAGGAAGUAAAUCGAGCACACAGCAUUUUGAGUGAUUUGACAAAAAGGAAUAUAUAUGACAAUUAUGGCUCUUUGGGCUUGUAUAUAGCAGAACAGUUUGGAGAAGAAAAUGUGAAUGCCUACUUCCUAGUUACAUCUGGGUGGUGCAAGGCUUUGAUAAUUUUCUGUGGCAUCAUAACUGGUUGCUACCUCUGCUGUUGCUUUUGUUGUUGCUGUAACUUCUGCUGUGGAAAAUGUAAACCACCUCCACCUGAAGAUAGUGGAGAGUAUCACACAUUGCACAGGAAUGCUGGAUCCGGAGCAGCUGAUGGUGUCGUAUCGGAGCAGCCUCAUUCUUCAAAGAAACAGGAGGAUUUAAGCGAUGAUGAAGCUGGACCAGCUGUAACUUCUCAGCCUACUGGUACAAGUGCUGUGUUUGUUGCAUCUGCCCCUGAUAAUGCAACGGAGAAUACAUCACUGAACCCAGCAGAAAAAGUGACAUAUACACCUGGGUUGUCAGAGAAGGGGUCUCCAUCACACAUAGCACAAACAGCACAGCCUCAACAGCAGUCAAAAUGGUAAUGGGGGAGUACCCUAGUUCUGCAGGUAGACGUGUACAAGAAACUGAGGAAAGUAAGUUGACGUACAGUGGCAGUGUCUGAUAAACUUUGUACUUAUAAGAACUACAGCCCUUCAUUCCUGUUAUAAUAUAAUUAUUAUCAUCAUCGAGAGUUGAAGUGUUAUUUCAUUUAACUACAUGCUUGUGAUUGAUUUAUCUUUAGUGGCACCAGACAUUAGUCACAAUGAGAAGUAAGCAUUUUUUAAAUCUGGGAAAUAGCUAUUUUUACUUCCACCCUCAAAAUAAUGAUGUACAUUCAGUGACAUGCUUGCUUGUUGCUAUGCUCACUUAAUUUUACUCUAGUCACAUGCAGUGUGGAAAUGUAUAGGGGAAUCUCACAAAUUUAACACUACCCCUGUUAAUCAAGUAAGUAACUUCUGUGGUUGUAUCUGGAUGCAUCUGUAAUUAACUAUUACAUUGAGUGUGUAAGAGAGAAUAGGAUUGAACGUUGAGAGGGCCAAAAUUGCCUGUUGUUUAGAAUUGUUAGUUUGUAUGUGUAUGUAGCAGUUGUAUUGUUAUGCCUGGAAAGAAACAUGAAUGCAACAAGAACAUCUGUUGGAAGUAAAUGCAUUUGAUUUUAGGAUUAGUUAUAUCCUAUAAGAAAGUAAGUGGGGAAAAAAGUGUCACAGGUUUGAAUGGUCUUCCAAGAUUUCCAAAUAAAUUUACAGAAGACUUUGUUAAAUUACCUACAGUUGAAUUGUUGGCGACUAUCAGUCUGUUUGGAAGAAUCAGUUUUACCGUUAGCUACUUAGUAGUAGUGUAUAGACUGUAAGCUGCCAAAUGAAAUGCAUAUGUUCAAACUCGAUUUCUGAAAAUUCAGCGCAGAGACUGAAAAUAUUAACUCUGUAAAAUUUACAAUCAGAAUUUGUUUGUUGCAUACAACAAAUUGAAACUGUCCUUCGAAGUAAUAAUUAUCGACAAUUAGUGUUCUCAGUUUAUUUUCUCUGAGACACAGUAAAUUAUUCACUUUCAGUCAUUGUUCAAGGGCAGGAUAUGCUUCAGUCUUCUCUGGCUUUGCAGAUAAUUGUGAUUGUAUUUACAUCAAUUACCACUGUAAGUCAUUUAUCAGAAAUGCUUGGAUGUUAAAAAUUAACAACACUACGUUGUCAAGUACUACAUGUUUAUUUUGUGAGCAGAUGUAUAUUACUGUGUAUAAAUUUUGGUAUUGUAAAAACUGUAAAUUUAACUUAACUAAUAAAUACACACUUUUUUAAAUAUGUGAUACUAUAUAAAGCAGGUGUAAAAACCUUUUUAUGAUAUUGGGAAUAGCCUGGCUAGUGUGUUUUAAGUUGUGUUGCUUGGUUUACAAGCUCUAAGACUGCCACAAUUGCAUUCUAAAUUUACUAAAUGAAAGAGAGGGAGAGAACUGUGGUUUGUGAAUGAUAGUCAUUCAGGAGGCUUGAAUUCAUUCAGAAUGGCUUAAGUUGUGUGUCAUUAUAUUUCCAGAUUUGGAAAACAUUAUUAAUAUAUGAGAAAUGUAAUGGUUUUUUUUUUAUUCAGUGCAGCAUAUAAAAUAAGAAUUUGUUCUACUGAUUGUAUUUUAUUUAAUUUGUUUCCAUGAGGUGUCAGAAAAGUGCUUAGUAUCAAAUAUAUUGGUAUAUUAAUCUGAUAUAUGCACCAUAGGGGAGUGCUUAGAGAACAGACAGGAGGAAAAUACUAUGUGAAAGAAAGAAAAUAUUAUAUUAUAGACUACAUACUAAUGAAAAUUAACUGCAGUAGUAAUAAAACUAAUAAUAAUUGCCUGCUAAGGAUGCUGGAGGCAAAAUAUAUUUUAUCACGUGGAAAUUAGGUGAAAUUGUGUAUUCUGCAGUGUGCCUAACUGCGGAAGCAGCAGUAAAAUUCAUAGGAACUAAUAAAGGCAAAAUUAACACUGUCAGAGGGCAUCAUACUGAAUGACUCGGAGGACACAAUAAAAACAGCCUCAUUGGAAUACUUGAUUCAUUUUUCAGUUAGAGAAAUUUGCGUAUGUAUUCUGUUUUUAUAGCUGCUUUGGCGUUAUGCAUAUGUACUAUAAUUUGUGCUGUAACAGCAUCUGAUGAGACUCCUCGCAGAAGUAGCAAAAUAGCCUUGGAAGUGGGUCCUUGAAGAGCACAAAAUUAAAACUGCCGCUGGCAUGAGUUAGUGUUAUGUCUAUUGAUGGUCAGUGUUCUCCUCUUUGUCUCUCAGAAGUCUCUUCAUCAUACUUACACUUUUGAUCCAACUGUGUUUUUAUAAGUUGGUGGGGCAGUAGUAGUUGGAUUUUUAAACCACAGCUCCGGUCGUCCUGUUUUUAGAUUUCUGUAUAGGUUCACAGUUUAUAUUGCUGUAUAGGUUCACAAUUUUUAUUAUUUAUUUUAUUCUUUAUUAAAAUUUGUUGUAAAACUUGUCAAAUUGGUUAGUGUGGACCUAUUUGGCAUUCAGUCUUUGAAAAUGCGAAGCAAACUGAAGUGUCAUUUAUUACAGCUGCAGUCCUUAGUCUUCUCUUCCAGUACUUCAUUAAAAGGAAACAAAGACAACAUGUGCAGUAAUUUUGUCAACACAUUUAUAGCUGAAUUAUGAAGCUUUGUACAGUCUUGAAUUUAAUCUUGGUGUAACACUUAGAAGAGGGUACAAUAACAGAUACAAAAUUCAGAAUGGAGGAUGAGAGAAGUCAGUUUAUCCAAUAUUUAUUUCUGAUUGAUAGUUAAUUAUGCAAACCAUGGGAACUCCAGGUUGGAACAUCAGAAAUAUAAGGAAAAGAUAGAUUGCUACUUACCAUAAAGAUGACUUGUUAAGUUGCAAAAAAAACGAUAUGUACAUAUUAGCCGUCAGCCAGAGCCAUCAUCAUAAAAGUAAAGUAAACACACAACAUUCAUUCACACAAGCAUACACAAGAUUUCCAUCUCUGGCACCUUGGACGGGAAUGCAAUACCAAAGGCUUUGGCCAAAAGCUAAUGUGUAAGUGUCUUUUCCACUAUCCCUGUCUGUAAGUUAACAUGUCAUCUUACUGUAAGUAGCAAUCUGUCUUUUCCUUACAUUGUCGAUAGCUCAUUAUAUAUGCACAGCAUUCUGUUAAAUACACAGCUGCUUCAGUAGAGCUGAUAUUCAAAUAAAUGGUGUGUGUGUGUGUGUGUGUGUGUGUGUGUGUGUGUGUGUGUGUGUGUGUGUGUGUGUGUGUGUGUGUGUGGGGGGGGGGGGGGGGGUGUAUUAUUACUAUUAUUUUGUUAUAGUCAUUGACUUUUGGAAUCUGUGCCCCAUACGCACUUAAUGCAAUGGUGUUGAAAUGUUCUGUGUUAGCUAUAAUCGUAGUCUAUUGAGAUAAAAGUAUCAUAUAGCAGUAUUAAUGCUAAUGCAAAAGAGUAAUAGUUGCUGCAGGGUUUUAUUACAAGAAAGAUUGUUUUCAGUUCAGUUGGUUUCUACUGUAAUGGAUGUGGUUUCUAAAUUGCAAGUGUUUUGCUGGCAUUAGAUUUGCAGUAUUAUGAUUUCAGACUUCUGUGUCUGCAGAACUGCCCUCUGUUGAUGGAGCCCCUGUAUAUGUGGAACUACCAUCGGUUACUGAUUACAACUCUUCCAAUUGAGUAUGAGCACAUGUUGUCUAACACUAAAAGCUUUACCAUUCACCCAAGUGAAUUAUCCAAUAGCCCAUUGUACUCCAUUGGGACAUGAUCCAGUUUUCGUCUAAUGUAAUGACAGACAAACUGCAAAGCUAACAACAACAACAACAACAACAAUAAUAAUAGUACUAAUAAAUAAAUAAUUUAUUAUUAUUAUUAUUAUUAUUAUUAUUUGGUAAGUGGAGUACUUGCUAUGUUGUGACAAUGAAAAACUGGUAAGAUUUGAGUUCCUCUCAAUUUUGUUAUGAAAAGUACUGUUACUGUUGUGUUGUAUUAACCUCCCACCCAACCUUAAGGGUGUUAUGUACUAACAAGAUAGGAGUAGCCCAACAACUAAAUAUUGAAUGGCCUAAUUAUUUCUCUGCUGUUUUUAAAAUUCCACUCUUUGCAACUGUGUAGAUUGCCCAUUAUGCUCAGUGCUAUAUCCCAUAUCCUAUAUUUUACACACAGGAAUGUUGUAAUAUUUAAACAUUUUGGGAAGCAUAUUGUGUAACCUUUUCCAUGGGCACUGUUUCUUUUUGUUGUCAACAAACUGAAUAACAUUUAACAUAAAGUUUGUUUGUGAAUAAAUUGUCUAUUAUUGUACCAUGUCAUCAACAAGACAUUAAAAUCCGAUCUUGCUUCCUUGACUGUGCUUUAAGAACAGAACAACAGCAAACAUCUCUUUGCACUAGACUGCGUCUGCACCUUGCUGUAUGACUUGUAUCUGUUCCUGCAACAGCUGGUCCAAACUUUACUUAGAUGAGUAAUUUGUUAUUUACAUGAUUGCUUUUAUAUUGUUUACUUUUUGUAUUGUGAACAUGUGCAUGUAUUUACGUAUGUAUGUAUGUAUGUAUGUAUGUAAGUACAUAAAUCAGUUAUAGACUUCGUAGUUAAAUUGACAAUGGGGAGUUUUCAUCUGACCAGCUUCAUACUAGGUACUAGAAUACUAAAAUGCAUUUGUGUUAAAUUACUUAAUUUAUAGGAUUUCAUUUGAAAGUUAUAAUUUGAGGACAUGUAUAUAUUUAGCAGAGAACCCUAUUGUAGAAUACACUAUAAACUUGUUGUUAUGGAGGGGAAACUUGAUUUAAGGGCUACAGUUAGAUGAUGAAUGUACUUGUAUUUUGCUAAGAUUCUGGGUGGCAUACUGUGGAGGUAAUUACAUACUGAACAGCACAGAGUUUGCAGUUGUAUAUGUAUGUUUUGGGCUGUCUAGAUAUUUUAAUGCUCAUUUUUCUAAAGAAUACUAGUGGGGAACCUUGUUUAAGUUUCCUCCAUCAAAGCAAUGAUAAUACAUUAAAUGUAAAUUUACUGUGGGAACAGGAUGAAUGGAGAAGGUAAAACAGGCUGAACCAUGAAAUAUGAGAAGUGAAAUAAAGUUCUGAAGUGCCUCACAAAACAACUAAAUAUAAAGACAAGGUCAUAUUGGUAGGUUCUGAGAUGAGAUAUGAGCUCAAUAUAAGACCCAGUGAUGGACUGUAUUACAAAUAAAAUUAAAUUCAAAUAGUGUCCCCCCCCCCCCCCCCCCCCCCAUUUACUGGGUAACAGUGAAUCUCCAGACUUGUGUUGAUGCAUUAGAGUUUACCUGUCCAAUGAACUUCUAUGCAUCAAGCAAAUUAAAUUCAUAUUUACUGCAGUUUAAUAGACUUUUAAAAGUGUUUACAUAUAUUAUAAAUUGUAAGUGCACAUGGGUGACAAAAUAAUAUGAAAAGUGUUAAUGUUCUUGUAUUUGUUACAUACUCUUAAAGAUGAGAUGAAAUACAUCAAACUUAAAAGUU